GAAUUCCCCCUGCCUGUGCUGGUUUAUGGUGUUUAUCUGGGUUUUUUUGUUGGGUUUUUUUUUCCUUGCAAUCGUUCUUUUGCAGCUGGGUGUUUUUGUGGGAGAAGGGCUACCAGGAAACGGACUCUGUGGUUAGUUCUGUAACCGCAAAGGUGAAAGGAGUAGCGCUGACAAACACAUCCACCUUGGGAGCGAGGAUCUGGGACGUGGCCGACUAUGUCAUCCCUCCUCAGGAGGAGAAUGCUGUGUUUGUCAUGACCAAUGCGAUACUCACGCUGAACCAGCGCCAAGGCCGCUGCCCAGAGCUUCCAGAUGAUAAAACAGAGUGCAAAGAGAAGAACAAUUGUGUCCCAGGAUAUGUCAGCACCCACAGCAAUGGCAUCCAGACUGGGGAGUGUGUACCAUACAACAACAGCACCAAGACCUGUGAAAUCUUUGCGUGGUGCCCUGUGGAAGAUGACUAUCCUAUACCCAAGUGAGUGCUCUGCCAGCUGCAAGAAGCUGAGAACUUCACCAUUCUGGUGAAGAACAACAUUUGGUACCCCAAGUUCAACUUCAGCAAGCGAAACAUCCUCCCCAGUAUCAACUCCACCUACCUCAAGGACUGCAUCUAUGACUCUCAGACAGAUCCCUUCUGCCCCAUCUUUCGUUUAGGGAAAAUAGUUGAAGCUGCAGGGCAGAACUUCCAGGAAAUGGCAGUGGAGGGUGGAGUCAUGGCACUACAAAUCAACUGGGACUGCAACCUUGACCGAGGUGCUUCCCACUGUGUGCCGAAGUACUCCUUCCGGCGCCUCGACAACAAGGACUCUGCCCACACCGUCUCGCCUGGCUACAACUUCAGGUUUGCAAAAUACUACAAGGAUAGUAAUGGCACCGAAUCACGGACUCUUGUCAAAGCCUAUGGCAUCCGCUUUGAUAUCAUAGUGUUUGGAAAGGCAGGACGAUUUAAUGUAAUUCCUACCAUGAUUAACAUUGGCUCUGGCUUAGCGCUGUUUGGCGUGGCAACAGUGCUGUGUGACAUUGUUGUUCUGUAUUGCAUGAAGAAGAGAUACUACUAUCGGGAGAAGAAAUACAAGUAUGUGGAGGAUUAUGAGCUGGGAAUCAAUGAGACAUACGGAACAAACCCCUGA